UUUAAAUUUUAUAUUUUACUCUUAACUAGGUAGAUUUAUUUUUUAGGGUUUGUUUAGUAAGUUUUGGAGAAGGAUUCUUUUCUGGGCUGUUGUGCUAUUUUUAUCAUUACUAUUAUUAAUAUUAUUAUUAUUAUUAAUAUUAUUAUCAUUAAUUCAUUAGUAUUAGUAAUUCUCUUGAUGGGUAAUUGCUGUGUUCCCACUUCUGCCAAAGUUGAUGCCACUUUCCGCUCUCAAACCCCUUCUGCUUCCGAAGCAUCUAAGAAAACAAGAAACUCCUCAUCUCUUCCUUCCUCCAUAAGUAUUCCAUCAAAUGGGAGAACCACACUGACCCCACACUCCGAAAACGAGAUAUUGUUCUCACCCAAUGUCAAACCUUUCCAGUUCAAUGAACUGAAGAAUGCAACGAGGAACUUCAGACCCGACAGUCUUCUCGGGGAGGGAGGUUUCGGGUACGUAUUCAAGGGAUGGAUAGACGAAAAUACCCUUACUGCAGCGAAGCCCGGAUUUGGGAUGGUCGUUGCUGUCAAGAGGUUGAAGCCCGAAGGCUUUCAAGGUCACAAGGAGUGGCUGACUGAAGUAAAUUAUCUUGGGCAACUUCAUCAUCCAAACCUAGUUAAACUUAUUGGUUACUGCUACGAAGGCGACAACCGACUUUUGGUGUACGAGUUCUUGCCCAAAGGCAGCUUGGAGAACCAUCUGUUUAGAAGGGGAUCACAACCAUUGGAUUGGGCUACAAGAAUCAAAGUUGCAACUGGUGCUGCCCGAGGCCUCGCUUUCCUACAUGACGCUAAAGAGCAAGUCAUAUAUCGCGAUUUUAAAGCUUCAAAUAUACUUUUAGAUGUGGAAUUCAAUGCAAAGUUGUCUGAUUUUGGUUUAGCAAAGGCGGGUCCUACCGGCGAUCGCACUCAUGUGUCUACUCGAGUAGUGGGUACGCAUGGAUAUGCCGCUCCGGAGUAUGUAGCAACGGGUAGGUUGAGCGCAAAGAGCGAUGUGUACAGCUUCGGAGUGGUUUUGCUUGAGCUGUUGUCAGGGCGUAGCACGGUAGACAAAACGAAGGUUGGGGUGGAGCAGGACCUCGUGGAGUGGGCCCAGCCAUAUCUAGGGGACAAGAGGAAGGUGUUUCGCAUGAUGGACACGAAACUCGAAGGGCAGUACCCUUUGAGAGGGGCCUACACGGCCGCCACCCUUGCAAUGCAUUGCUUAUGCCUUGAGCCUAAGCUAAGGCCUAGCAUGUCUGAGGUCUUAGCCGCGCUCGAGGAGCUUCAAGCUCCUAAGGGAUCAUCCAAACUCUCUAGACCUGAUUAUCGAUGCCCUCCGGAUCGUCGGGCGCCGAAGGUGGAGCCACCUAGGGCAAGGUGAGGCAGAGAAAGAGAGAGAGACACUUUUAU